ACUUAAAUUUUUAGGCCCCCUUCUUCCUUACUAAUCGAUUAGCAGCAAUAGAAACGUUCCUAUUGUUAGAAAAUAUUACAAAAAAUUGCAUAACCGCACUUUUUUCCAAACAUGCCAUAACCUAAAAAAACUACCGGGUCAAUGUAAACACCACGGUUUCACCCAGCACCAUACAAAAAAUGAAACUAAACGUCGAUGGCUUAAUCGUGUACUUCCCCUAUGACUACAUCUACCCCGAGCAGUAUGCCUACAUGUGCGAGCUCAAGCGGGCCCUGGACGCCAAAGGCCACUGCCUUUUGGAAAUGCCCUCAGGGACGGGUAAGACCACCACCAUUCUCUCCCUCGUUGUUGCAUACAUGCUCGAGCACCCCCAUGACGUCCGCAAGUUGAUCUACUGCUCUCGUACUGUCCCCGAAAUCGAGAAAGUUAUGGAAGAAUUGAAAAAACUGCUCGAGUAUUAUGAGAAGUUGGACGGGGAGUACCCCCAUCUCCUGGGGCUGGUUUUGUCCUCACGGAAGAAUCUAUGUAUUCACCCGGAAGUGAGUACUGAGCGCGAGGGUAAGAUUGUGGACGGAAAAUGCCACGCACUAACGGCGAGUUACAUAAGGGAGAGGCACAAUUACGAUGAUACAACUCCCAUUUGUCAGUAUUACGAAGGUUUCGCUUUGGAUGGCAAAGAAAGUACGAUGCCGUUUGGGGUUUACAGUAUAGAUGAUUUGAAACAGUACGGACGGGACCGCAACUGGUGCCCCUAUUUCCUGUCUCGUUUUGUGAUAAGUUACGCGAAUAUCGUAGUCUACAGUUACCACUAUUUACUAGACCCCAAGAUCGCCGAAGUCGUCUCCAAAGAGCUGACACGAGAGUCAGUUGUUAUUUUCGAUGAGGCUCACAAUAUCGAUAAUGUUUGCAUCGACUCAAUGAGUGUGAAAAUCAACAAACGAAUUAUCGAUCGAGCUUCCGCCAACAUCCAGUUAUUGGAACGUACUGUGGCCGAGAUGCGUGAAGACGAUCACAAAAAAUUGCAAGAAGAAUAUCAGAGAUUAGUUGAGGGGCUGCGCGACGCUAGCGUGGCGCGAGACACUGACGUCAUUUUGGCCAAUCCGGUCUUGCCCGACGCCAUCCUCCAGGAGGCCGUCCCUGGAAAUAUUCGCAACGCCGAGCACUUUGUCAGUUUCCUGAAACGUUUCCUCGAAUACCUCAAAACUCGGCUGCGAGUCCAGCACGUGGUGCAAGAAAGCCCUGCUGGAUUUUUAAAAGACGUCCAAUCCAAAGUCUGUAUUGAACGAAAACCGUUACGUUUCUGUGCUGAACGCUUGGCAUCUCUGUUGAGAACUUUGGAAAUAUCAGACUUGACCGACUUCAGUCCGGUCAUUUUAGUCACACAUUUGGCCACUUUGGUGGCCACUUAUACGAAAGGUUUUACGAUAAUCGUAGAACCGUUUGAUGAUAAGACACCGACGGUGUCAAACCCGAUCUUACAUUUCAGUUGUUUGGAUUCGUCGAUUGCCAUAAAACCGGUUUUUGAUCGGUUUCAAACCGUGGUUAUAACCUCUGGAACCCUAUCCCCUCUAGAUAUGUACCCCAAGAUUUUGAACUUCCAUCCUGUGAUCAUGUCUUCGUUCACUAUGACGUUGGCCAGGCCUUGUUUGCUACCAAUGAUCGUGUCAAAAGGCAACGACCAAGUCGCAAUUUCGUCAAAAUUCGAGACACGCGAAGACAAUGCUGUUAUCCGAAACUACGGCCAACUCUUGGUCGAAAUAGCCGCCAAUGUCCCCGACGGAAUCGUCUGUUUCUUCACCUCUUAUCUCUACCUGGAAUCGGUCGUGGCCAGUUGGUACGACCAAGGCGUCAUCGACAGCCUCCAAAGAUACAAACUCCUCUUCAUCGAGACCCAAGACUCGGCAGAAACGAGCUUCGCCCUCAUGUACUACAUCAAAGCUUGCGAGUCGGGCCGCGGGGCCGUGCUGCUCUCCGUCGCGCGGGGCAAAGUCUCCGAAGGGGUCGACUUCGACCACCACCUGGGGCGCGCAGUCCUCAUGUUCGGCAUUCCCUACGUGUACACCCAGAGCCGCAUCCUCAAAGCGCGCCUCGACUACCUUCGGGACCAGUUCCAGAUCCGGGAGAACGAUUUUUUGACCUUUGACGCCAUGAGACACGCGGCCCAGUGCGUGGGGAGGGCUAUCAGGGGCAAGACCGACUACGGUAUCAUGAUUUUCGCCGAUAAGAGGUUUUCCAGGUCGGAUAAGCGGUCAAAGUUGCCCAAGUGGAUCCAGGAGCAUUUGAAGGACUCUCUGACGAAUCUGUCGACGGAGGAGGCGGUCCAGAUUGCCAAGCGGUGGUUGCGACAGAUGGCGCAGCCGUUCACUAGGGAGGACCAGUUGGGGGUGUCUUUGCUCACUUUGGAGCAGUUGCAGAAUUUGGAGGCGAGUAAAAUCCAAGAGCAGGCGCAACAAAAUUGAUUUGUUAUUAUUUUUUACGUAAUAAAGUAUUUUCAAGAAAAAAUGUUU